ACCCCUCUGUCCAAGUAUACCACGUUCACAGCCACCCCUCUGUCCAAGUAUACCACGUUCACAGCCACCCCUCUGUCCAAGUAUACCACAUCCACAGCCAUCCCUCUGUCCAAGUAUACCACGUUCACAGCCACCCCCCUCUGUCCAAGUAUACCACGUCCACAGCCAUCCCUCUGUCCAAGUAUACCACGUUCACAGCCACCCCUCUGUCCAAGUAUACCACGUUCACAGCCACCCCUCUGUCCAAGUAUACCACGUUCACAGCCACCCCUCUGUCCAAGUAUACCACGUUCACAGCGACCCCUCUGUCCAAGCAUAUACCACGUUCACAGCCACCCCUUUGUCCAAGUAUACCACGUUCACUGCCACCCCUCUGUCCAAGUAUACCACGUUCACAGCCACCCCUUUGUCCAAGUAUACCACGUUCACUGCCACCCCUCUGUCCAAAUAUACCAUGUUCACAGCCACCCCUCUGUCCAAGUAUACCACAUCCACAGCCACCCCUUUGUCCAAGGAUCCAUGGGUGUAUGCCGUCUGGUCCAGGUGCUUUAUUCA